UGUAUGGAACAUUUCUGGGAUAUUUUAUUUCAGCUCAUGAAACAUGGGACCAACACUUUGCAUGUUGCGUUUCUAUUUUUACUCGGUAUAAAUACACCAUUUAUGUACUCCAACUGUACACGUCAGACAUGAAAGUAAAGUUAGCAGGUACUUUACAUGCUCCAUUCCCCCUCUGGAUGUAUUUCUCACUGUGUCAGCCUCAGGUGUCUGGAGGUUUCAAACGAAUCAAAAGUCUUAACUCAGUCCAGAUUGUUGCUUCUGAGUAAACAGCAGAGAGGAGUGGUAGGCUGGAGCCUAAGGGUGUGUCGUCUGUACUAAUUCUAGGUCACAAACAGAAUCCGUAUCCACCGGCAAUUCUCUACAGACUAUAUACCCUCUGCUGUCAUAGCGACAACACACAUACAAAUACACAAGCAAACAAAUACACACACACACACACAGCCGCGUAAUAUCCACAUUAAUGCUACACUGACCAAACCAGUAUUUGCAGUUUGACAAAAACACGAGACGUCACGGUAGCCCCAGAGAUAAAGGAUGCCAUAAUAACUAGAGAACAAGUUUGGAGCUAUUUUAGAAAACCGUUCUGUUUAACUGAUAACAUAUGGUGGCUUCAGAGAGGUCAGAGGUCAUUUGGUGUGUCUGGUGUGUUGUUUAGUUCCCUUGGUGUAAGGGUGAUUGUUUGUAUUGACAGGUAUAGCUAACAGGUUGAAGUGGGACACACAGGAGACAGGCUCUUUCAUUAUCCACUGUUCAAGUCUGUUAUUAGCUAAGAAAGACAACUUUGAGAGAGAUGUUUGUGUGUGUGUGUGUGUGUGUGUGUGUGUGUGUGUGUGUUUGUAUGUGUGUGUGUGGGGGGAGGGGUCAGUGCACUAGGACUAUUGAUUGAUAUAAAACCCGACAAAUUCAGCUAAAGCUAAAUUAGCAUGGCAACCGUGGCAACCGUGACCUAACGACAAGAUUGGCCCCGACGAUGCGAUGCUGAGAACCGUUCACCAGAUUAAACUCUGAACUGAUUUCUGGAAUCAAACUAGACGAAAGGAGAGACGGGCAGUUUGUCUGAGACAUGGUCUAGGCCAGCUAACGUUAAGUGAUGGGACGUGUUACACGGGUCAGUUCGAGAACGGACUCUUCAACGGCUGUGGGAUGCUGGUCUUCCCUGAUGGAUCCAGGUACGAAGGAGACUUCAUUCAGGGGAAGUUCCAAGGCGCAGGCGUCUUCAGUCGUUUCGACGGGAUGAAGUUCGAGGGAGAGUUCAAGAGUGGAUGUGUGCAGGGAUACGGUAUGCUGACGUUCGCUGACGGAUGUCCGGAAAGAGGGGGAGGAGGAGGAGGAGGAAGAGGAGGAGGAAGAGGAGGGACGAGCCACGAGGGUCUGUUUGAGAGAGGCCAGCUGGUGGGCAGAGAGGGGUGCCAGGGCACGGUGCAGCGGGCACAGGGGGCAGCCGCCAAGGCACGGGCGCUCUCCAUGUGACCUGCAGCUAGGUCAACCAACGAGCUACUGAAUCUGAUCCAGGAUCUGCUGAGCCAAAACCCACACCUCCUCCUCGUUCCUAACCAUUCAUUCAACAUACGGUGCUACCUACCUACUGCUAAAUAUGUUCCCAGAUCAGCUCUAGCUGACACCAACCGCAACUACUCAGGAGUUGAAACUAGUGUCCAAGCAGGCAGAGACCAUAUUUGGAUCUGUCACAUUUCCACCAUGGGGUUUUACACCGGUGCUUGGCCUAAAGACUCAGACUUUACACCGGUGUCCCUGUGGAAAAGCAGCAUAAGAGGCCAGAGACUCAGUAUUAAGAGGCCAGAGACUCAGUAUUAGAGGCCAGCAUUAGAAGAAUUCAUACUCUGUGCCACAUAACAUGGCUCAAUCUGUUCUGGGGUCAGCUGACUGAAACGCCAUUAUCUUAAUGCCAACCAACCAUACUGUGCCAAGAGACUGGAGCAGGACCUGGAGCUGAUUCCAGAUCAGUGGAUUUCAAUAGAUGCCUCACAAGGGACUGGAGUAUUCCCCUGGUAGCAAGCAGGACAGAAGAUUUUCCCUGAUCAUGUGAUCUGCCCAAAAUCUCCAGGCUUUAAUUAUUGUUGUCUAAGUCCCUACUGGUCCGGUCACAUGGUUAGGGAAAGCUCCUGUCCCUGGUUAUAGCUACUGUGUUGGGAGGUUGGGAAGGACUAUUGAUGUGUAGGUUGGGAUGAUGGUAGGGGGGGUAUUUUCAUUGGGUGGUAAGGGAUGGUGGCCAUAUUGGGACAAAUGACAAGUAUUAAGAUGACACUAGUGCAAUUUGAUAAAGAUAUUUAGCACUUUAACUUUGGGGUGCAAUCGUCCUUAAAUAAGGGUUUAGAUACAGAGAGGAGAAUACUAAACUACUGCUGUGUCUGUCAUAGGGUUAUGGGCCCUGGUCAAAUGUAGUGCACUAUAUAGGGAAUAGGGUGCCAUGGGGAUAAAGUCGGACAGUGGAGCACAAGUUUUGAUUUGUCAACAACUUCAUCACACAGAAGAAAACCACCAUUACAAGAACACACAGAUGAACUUCCUGUAUAGCCGUUCCCUUCCUGUAUCUGACAAAUAUGUCAUCUAUUUUUUACGAUAAAUAAGAUUAAAUGUUUAAUGUCA